UCGAAUCACAAGUCUAGGGGUCAGAAGCGACAGCCAAAAAUGUCGUUCCGGCCUAACCUUCGUCAUUCGCAUACCGUUGAUGUCACCUUCAACAACCCCAACAGCGCAAUCGCCCGCCAGUCCUCAACUACUUCAUCAGCCUCUUCCGGUUACUCCAACGCAUCCGACAACAGCGCCAGCACCUCGUAUACUUCAGCCUCCAGCGGGUACGGGUCUUACGGUCAUAAGCGCGGACGGAGCGAUGUGCUCGCACGCGCCCGCACCUUCGAAGUCGGAGAGAUGAACUCCAAAAAGCCCGAACCGGCCAAUCUAUACAGCUCUGCUCGCCAGUCGCUCCGUCCCCUGCCCCAAGCGCCCGCGGCGGCUCCAGCAUCAAUACCGUCUGCCCCGAGCACGCCACCGCAUAAGCAGCAGCGCCAUGAUCGUGGAAAAAGCGUCGAUUUUGGCAAGCUGGCCAUGUCACACAGUGAUGGGCCUUCGUCGCCAAAUUCGCCCUCUCGACAUGGCAAUGUACGUCCAAAUUCUAUGCUGCUAUCCCGCUCCGACACAAUGAGCGUAAGGGCCGGUGCUGGGUCACCAUCGGGCCACCAUCAUAGCUCGAGCACUACACAUAUCGGCCGUCCAGACCUCGAAAAACUCGGCCGUUCAACGACUAGCCAACUGAGGACACUCUCCCGUCUUACCGAGUCCGAGGCCGUUGAUGGCUUUAACGUUACUUCGCCAGCGCAAGAGGUCGUCGGUCUCCGCGGCCGACGACGUUUGCAGCGGUCAGACAAAUCUAAUGGUGCCCGUGGCCCAAAGCAAGGCAAUUAUGGCUGGGAAAGCAGCAAGUGGAUAGACAAGCAACGUCAGUUCCUUCAAGCCUACGAAUACCUUUGCCAUAUCGGUGAGGCCAAAGAAUGGAUCGAGGACGUCACACACAAGACGCUCCCGCCUAUCGUUGAACUCGAGGAGGCUCUGCGAGACGGCGUCACCCUCGCACAGGUGGUUGAAGCCCUCAACCCCAAUAAACAUUUCAGGAUAUUCCAUCAUCCGCGCCUUCAGUACCGACACUCCGACAACAUUGCGAUUUUCUUCCGAUACCUAGAUGAAGUAGAGCUCCCCGACCUCUUCCGGUUCGAGCUCAUCGAUCUUUAUGAGAAAAAGAACAUCCCAAAAGUAAUUUAUUGUAUCCAUGCACUGAGUUGGCUGCUAUUCCGACUAGGUAUUGUCGAUUUCCGGAUAGGAAAUUUGGUUGGACAGCUGGAAUUCGAACAUCAUGAGCUGGAGGAAAUGCAGAAAGGCCUUGAUAAGUUGGGCAUUAAUAUGCCAACCUUCGGCGACAUGGGUGCAGAUUUUGGCGUGCCAGAGCCAGAACCUGAGCCGCAAGAGACAGAAGAGGAAAGAAUUGACCGGGAGCUGGCUGAAAAUGAGGCCUCUAUAGCUGAUUUCCAGGCGCAAGUCCGAGGAGCUAUGACACGACUGAAACUCGGCGAGACCAUGCAGCAGCUCUGGGGCCAGGAAGAGUUUCUGAUUGACCUCCAAUCGCGCAUUCGAGGUGACUUUACUCGCCAGAUCAUGGGCUACCGACUUCAGAUGAGGCGAUUUGCCACCCAACUGCAGAGUGCUUCCCGCGGAUUUCUGCUGAGGCGGAGGCUGGAGAAUUCUGAUAGAUUCUGGAAGGCUGUCGAGCCAGCUAUCCUGGAGCUGCAAAGCAUGAUCAGGGCCAAGAAAGCCCGCCACGAGGCACGGGAGGCACGAUCUACUCUGGCCACCUGCGGAGGACCAAUAAGAGAGAUCCAGGCAAUCUCUAGGGGGUUCUUGUUCCGCAAAAAGCUCGUCGCUCAACAUCAAGAAGUCAAGAAGAGCUCUGGUGAGGUACAAAGCCUGCAGGCAGCUGCUAGGGGGUUCUUGUUCCGCAAAAAGCUCGUCGCUCAACAUAAAGAAACCAAGAAGAGCUCUGGUGAGGUAAAAAGAUUGCAGGCAGCCGUCAGGGGAAUGCUUGUUCGAGAAAGCCUCAACCAAGAUCGUCAACUGCUGCAUGCUGAAUCGCCGUCGAUUGUCAGCUUCCAAGCUGCACUCCGAGCACAGCAACUAAGACAACGAAUUGAUAUCCAAAACCAGCAUCUUCAGGCUGCAGCCCCUAUAUUCACGAAGAUCCAGGCCUUUGCUCGCGGCCUUGCGUCUCGAGCUGAGACAAAGGCUUUGCGUAAAGAAUUGAAGAAGCACCGAGCCGAGGUUACCCAACUUCAGGCCAUCGUUAGAGCGGGAGUUGUACGGAAAAACGUAAAAGCAGAUCUUGAUGCUUUGGAGGAGAACUCGGAAGAAAUUGUUUCGCUCCAGUCCAUGAUUCGGGGUCUGUUCGUUCGGGAGCAGAUUCUUGCAGACAGAGCCGAGCUCGAUAGCCACGUCUCCAAGACGGUCGACUUACAAGCCGGUAUCCGCGGCUUCUUGUACAGACGUCAGCACUCCGCUUUGCUUGAGGAACUGGAUUCUCACUAUGAUAAGAUCGCAGCAUUCCAGGCCAUCCUGAGAGGUAUCAUGGAACGAGGAAGAGUUGGUGAUUUGAUUGCAGAGUUAGAGGAAGAGGAGGAAUCAAUCAUUGUUGCCCAGUCUGCCAUCAAGGGCUUCCUCGUUCGAGCCCGGUUCGAAGAAAAGCGACGAUUCUUCAACGAGAACAUGCAAAAGGUGGUCAAGAUUCAGAGUUUUGUCCGUGCCAAGGUCCAGGGAGAGGCUUACAAGAGUCUUACCACGGGGAAGAACCCCCCGGUUGGCGCUGUCAAGAACUUUGUUCACCUUUUGAACGAUAGCGAUUUCGACUUCAAUGAGGAGAUUGAAUUCGAGCGCAUGCGCAAGACGGUCGUUCAGCAAGUUCGCCAGAACGAAAUGCUGGAGCAAUACAUCGACCAACUUGAUAUCAAGAUCGCGCUACUGGUCAAGAACAAGAUUACUCUCGACGAAGUAGUACGGCACCAACAUAACUUCGGAGGCCACACCAUGGGUCUGCUGGCCAACUCAUCCAUGUCCUCUGGCAACCAAUUUGAUCUGAAGGCGCUCAACAAGGGUUCAAGAAAGAAGCUUGAGUCGUAUCAGCAGUUGUUCUUCAAUCUCCAAACACAGCCACAGUACCUCGCUCGACUCUUCCGUCAUCUUCGCGAGCAAGGAACGUCGGAGAAGGAGAGCAAGAGGAUAGAGCUGCUCAUCAUGAGUCUUUUCGGAUACGCCCAAAAGCGCCGAGAAGAAUAUUAUCUCCUGAAAUUGGUUGCUAGAUCAAUCAAGGAAGAUAUCGAGGGAUGUAAGACAUUCCAAGAAUAUCUUCGUGGAAACUUUUUCUGGACCAAGCUGCUCGGCAACUACACCCGAUCCCCUCGCGACCGCAAGUAUUUGAGGGAUCUUUUGGGACCUUUGAUUCGGGACAAUAUUGUGGAUGAUCCUGCUCUUGACCUUGAGAGCGACCCGAUGCAGAUUUACCGGUCUGCGAUCAACAACGAAGAGCUUCGAACGGGUAUGCCAGAUCCUCGCCCACUCGAAGUUCCUCGGGAAGUGGCCAUCAGGGACCCAGAGACCCGAAGACUUUUCAUCGAUCAUCUUCGCGACCUCCGAGAGAUUUGCGACCAGUUCUUCUUGGCAUUGGAGGAUCUCUUGCACAAGAUGCCAUACGGCCUGCGCUUCCUUGGAAGCCAGAUGUUCCAGUCAUUGAGACAACAUUUCAAGAGGGAGUCCCCCGACGUGAUACUGCAGCUUGUCGCCAACUGGGUGUGGAAAUCUUACCUACAGCCUGCUUUAGUAUUCCCCGAAAACGUGGGUGUAAUCGAAAAGGGACUGAGCCCUCUUCAGAAGAGAAACUUGAGCGAAGUAGGCAAGGUCGUCGGGCAGAUUGCAUCUGGUCGUGUUUUCGGAGGCGAGAACAUCUAUCUCCAGCCUCUCAACGCUUUCGUUUCCGAGUCUAUUGAGAGGCUGGCUCAAAUCACGGGAGAGUUGAUUUCCGUCCAGGAUGCCGAGAGCACUUUCGACAUUGACGAGUUCAACGACCUCUACGCCAAGAACAAGCCUACCUUGUACAUCAAGAUGACGGAUGUUUUUGCCAUUCACAACCUGGUCGCUGCUGAGCUCAACUAUAUGUGCCCGAGCCGUGACGACGUUUUGCGCGAGAUCAUGCACGAUUUGGGCAAUGCUAAGAACAACGAGAGCGAGAUGAAUGCGGUUGGCUCCUCCGAGAUCCACAUGUUCCUGACGCCAAAGCUCCACGACAUUAAUGACCCGGAGGCCGAGGUGAAGGCGCUGUUUAUGGAGACGAAACGUUGCGUCUUGUAUAUUAUACGAGUACAGACGGGUGCGAAUCUCCUGGAGAUCCUGGUGAAGCCGAUCACGGACGAGGACGAGAUCAAGUGGCAGCAGAUCCUCCGAGACGACUUCAUGAACGAUAACAAGACUCGUGGAGCGUACUCGGAUGCCAACAUGGUGGACGUUACGCGAAUGUCGUACCACGAGCUCAAGCGCACGGCUCUGGAGAACGUGAUGCGCCUGGAGAAGUGGGGACGCAUCUCGAAGCACAACUACUACCAGGACGUGCUCAAUGCGAUUGCUGUCGACAUCCGCAGCAAGAGCCGGAGGAGAGUACAGAGACAACGAGAGCUGGAUGGUGUCCGGAUGACCCUGUCCAACUUGCACGACAAGGCCAAGUACCUGGAGCAGCAGAGGAAGAGCUACGACGACUACAUUGAACAGGCGAUGGCGACACUCCAGAACAAGAAGGGCAAGAAGAGAUUCCUCCUGCCGUUCACAAAGCAGUACAACCACCAGCGCGAGCUCGAACGCAGCGGCCGGGUGCCCAAGUUCGGCAGCUACAAGUACAGCGCCCGAGCCCUCCUGGAGAAGGGCGUGCUCGUCUCGUGGAGCGGCAUGGCCGACUGGGAAAAGAUCAACCUGACCAUCUCGUGCGACGAGGUGGGCGUCUUCGCCAUCGAAGGAUCCAAGGGCCACAUCCAGAUCCCCGGAGCGAGUGCGCUCGUGCCGAUCGAGGAUCUGCUGCAGGCCCAGUUCGAAGCCCACCAGUUUAUGAACUUGUUCGAGGGCAACCUCCGGCUCAACGUCAACUUGCUGCUGCACCUGCUGUACAAGAAGUUCUACCGAACACAAUAA